UUCGCUCCUUGCAAGCAAGAGUCGAUAUUUCCAAUAAGCCAAUUUUCCUCUGCUCUUGACCUGCUUGGUUCUUCCACUUCCUCUUAAGUUCUUCUUCUCUUUGGGAAUGGAGAACGGGCACGCAAACGGGAUCGCGGUGAUGGAGGACCUUUGCCUCAAAGGGUCGGACCCACUGGGAUGGGUUGCGGCGGCGAAGGCGGCGGAGGGGAGCCACCUCGACGAGGUGAAGAGAAUGGUUGAGGACUUCCGGCGGCCGGUGGUGAUGCUCGAAGGAGCGGAGCUUAAGAUAUCCCAGGUCGCCGCCGUGGCCUCCGGUGCCGCUACCUCCGUUGAGCUGGCGGAGUCGGCGCGCGCCGGCGUGAAGGCCAGCAGCGACUGGGUUUUGGAGAGCAUGAAUCUUGGCGGCGAUCACUACGGCGUCACUACUGGUUUCGGCGCCACCUCUCACCGCCGCACAAAGCAAGGCGGCGCUCUUCAGAAAGAGCUCAUCAGAUUCCUUAAUGCAGGAAUCUUUGGAUCCAAUCCUGAUAACACGCUGUCGCCUUCCGCCACUAGAGCGGCGAUGCUAGUGAGGAUCAAUACCCUCCUCCAAGGCUACUCGGGCAUCCGUUUCGAGAUCCUGGAAGCCAUUGCCAGCCUUCUCAACAAAAAUAUCACACCUUGCCUCCCUCUGAGAGGCACCAUCACCGCCUCCGGCGACCUCGUCCCUCUCUCCUACAUUGCGGGAGUCUUAACGGGCCGUCCUAACGCCAAGGCUAUAACCUCCGACGGCGCAGCCAUUGAUGCUUCCGAAGCCUUCCGCCUCGCCGGAAUCUCCGGAGGAUUCUUCGAACUGCAACCAAAGGAAGGGCUUGCCCUUGUCAACGGCACAGCCGUCGGCUCUGGCCUUGCCUCCAUUGUCCUGUUCGAGGCAAACAUACUAGCUGUCAUGGCAGAGGUUUUGUCCGCUCUGUUCUGCGAAGUGAUGCAGGGGAAGCCGGAAUACACAGACCAUCUCACCCACAAGCUUAAACACCAUCCCGGCCAAAUCGAAGCCGCCGCCAUCAUGGAACACGUUCUCGAAGGCAGCUCUUAUAUGAAGAUGGCGAAGAAGCUCCAUGAAAUGGAUCCAUUACAGAAGCCGAAACAGGACCGCUACGCUCUCCGCACCUCGCCUCAAUGGCUCGGCCCUCAGAUUGAAGUAAUUCGCGCCGCGACGAAGUCUAUCGAAAGGGAGAUCAAUUCAGUGAACGAUAAUCCUUUGAUCGAUGUCUCGAGAAACAAAGCUCUCCAUGGUGGCAACUUCCAGGGGACUCCCAUCGGCGUCUCCAUGGACAACACUAGGCUUGCCAUUGCUGCUAUCGGUAAGCUCAUGUUUGCUCAAAUCUCAGAACUAGUUAAUGAUUUCUACAACAACGGUUUGCCUUCGAAUCUCUCCGGCGGGCGAAACCCAAGCUUGGAUUAUGGUUUCAAGGGAGCAGAGAUAGCCAUGGCUGCUUACUGUUCUGAGCUUCAAUACCUCGCGAAUCCGGUCACUAACCAUGUGCAGAGCGCGGAGCAGCAUAACCAGGAUGUGAACUCUUUGGGAUUGAUAUCAUCGAGGAAGACUGCUGAAGCGGUGGAGAUACUAAAGCUAAUGACUAGCACUUUCCUGGUUGCAAUCUGCCAAGCCAUUGAUUUGAGGCAUUUGGAGGAGAACUUGAAGAGCGCUGUGAAGAAUGCGGUGAGCCUAGCAGCGAAGAAAACUCUUACAAUGGGGAUUAAUGGAGAGCUCCACCCCUCGAGGUUCUGUGAAAAAGACUUGAUCACAGUGAUUGAAAGGGAGUAUGUGUUCGCCUAUGCGGAUGACCCCUGCUGCCCGACCUAUCCUCUAAUGAAGAAUCUGAGGCAAGUGCUGGUUGAGCAUGCCCUCAACAAUGGUGAGAAAGAGAAGGAUGCCAACUCUUCGAUCUUCCAAAAGAUCACAGCUUUUGAAGAGGAGAUCAAAGCUGUGAUUCCGAAGGAGGUGGAGGCAACAAGAGUGGCUUUUGAGAAGGGAUCGUCGACAAUAGGGAACAGGAUUAAGGAAUGCAGGUCUUAUCCUCUUUAUAGAUUUGUCAGGGAGGAGCUGGGCGCCUCCUUCCUCACCGGAGAGAAAGUGACUUCGCCGGGGGAGGAGUUCGACAAGGUGUUUGAGGCAAUUUCCAAGGGGAAGGCAAUUGAUCCCCUGUUCGAGUGCUUGAAGGAGUGGAAUGGUGCUCCUUUACCGAUCUGCUAGAUUCAGCGGCCAGCGGAGGAAAUUAUCACUAAAAAGAACUUUUUUUUUAAUUAUUAUUGGGACUUUUUGUGUGUUUUUAUUUGUUGUUUAUUACUUUAAUUACCUGUUGUUUAUGCUUAGCAGGCAUCCACGUUGAUGCAAGUUCCUGUGUACUUAAAAGAAUCCUGAAUAAAGUAUUGAUAUUAUUAAAUCAAAUAA